AUGUUUGAUUUGAUUGGAAUAGGAAAUGUUCGUUUAGUGCUGAUUUAUCGAUUGAUUGUGUUUCUUCCUCGAGAUUUUCUUCGAUUUCAAAUACGAAAUAUUCGGCAAAUUCAUUCGGUUUAUCAUUUCAUCAAUUUGAUUUGGUUAAUUUUGUCAUUUGGAUGGAUUCUCAUUUCGUUACUAUUCGUUUUCUUGUCAGUUUGCCGAUUUGAUCAAUGUCAUACAUCGACUUUAUUUUACAAUUCCGCGUCUUUUCUUUAUUUCUUGUCAAGUUUUAUCGAAUUACUCUCUGAGCCAUUGUAUUUAUUAAGCAUUUUCACGAAGAACGAAUCCAUUCAUGAAUUUAUUCAAAUCUUUGCUUCAAUAAUCGGAUUUGGUCUUCGAACGUAUUUAAUUUCUCAAAAUCCUGACAAAUGUUUAAUUUAUUUUGGAUUUGGUUAUUUAAUAUAUUCAUCAAUAAUAGCCAUAAGUUAUUUUGGAUACUUUUUUCUGCAAACUCAAUCGAAGCGUCGUGAAAUCUUUUUGAUUUCAUCGUUAUUCGAUUUAGUCUUCAAACCGGUUUUUCCUUUUCUCAAUCACAAGUAUCUUUCAAGUGAAAUGAAAGAAUUUCUCAGCGAAAAACUCUUCAGAGAAAGUCAUUUUUAUUUGUUUAUCAUCUUUUCUCUUGUGUCAGAUGGUCAACAAGGAAUCUUUUAUUUCAUUUCGAUCUUUUCAUCUCUUCUUUCUCCAGCAAUCGAACAAAUCUCUUUAAAUUAUUUCCAACGAACUUUCUCUCUGAUCAAAACCACUAAAAUCACAUCGAAAGAUGAACGAACGAUGAUAUUGAAUAGUUUAACAUUAUUAAACAAUUUUCAAAAUCUUUUUGUGAAAUUGUUUGGAUUAAUAAUGAUAUUUGCGUUUUCAUUUCAUUAUCAAACAUUAAAUUUAUAUUUAAUUGCAGUUUUGUGUCAAGAAAUAAAUUUAUUCAAUGAAUCUUAUUCAACAUUUCUGUGA